AUGUUUCGGCAACAACUUCAAUCUGCAAUAGCCACCUUAGAAAAUGUACGACACGAAUACUCUCACAGGAUCGACGACCAAUCGCGUGAACACCGCCACGAGCUCGAUAGAUUGAGGAAAGAAUUGCGAGAAGAACUUCAACAACGAGAGUGGGAGCACAAAGAAGCCAUGAGCGCCAUGGAUAGGAACCACAAAGCGAACCAGGCAGAGGAGUAUGCCCGUGCACACCAGGAAAUGCAAUCCCUUCAAGCCAAUCUUCAGUUUGAGCACCAGAGCCUUAAAACAGAGAUGCGAGGCAAGGAGCACGAAAUUGAAAAAUUACGGGCCGUAAUCGAGAACCAGCAAUCCAACAUCGACAGGGAGUGCUCGUUCAAAUCCGCUCUGCAAGAAAAACUUUUGGAGUCGAGUUCUCAGAAGAUUCUAUUGGAGGAUAGAGUCCACAUGCUACAGACGCAGGUUGACUUUCUUAAAUCGGACAGCAAACAAAAAUCGGAUCAGUUUUCUGUGAUGGAGGCCCGGUUACAGGACGCUCUGAAGGCUUCUCAGGAAUCCCGUCAAAGGCUCAUAAAGGAGGAGGCUGAACGACGUGUUCUCUUCAACAAGUACCAAGAGCUGAAGGGAAAUAUUCGUGUCAUGUGCCGUGUACGACCGGUCCUGGGGACUGACGCAGGCAGCGACGCAAAAUUCCGAUUCCCAGAUGCGACAACAUCAUCAUCACAAAUUGAUGUUACUGGGCCAGAAGAAAAGAAUAGCCUUGGGGUCGUUUGUCGAAGGACUGCAACAUUUGAAUUCGACCGUGUCUUUCAGCCGGCCGUUCAAAAUGAGGAAGUUUUUGGCGAAAUAUCACAGCUUGUUCAGAGUGCCCUCGAUGGCUACAACGUAUGCAUCUUUUGCUACGGCCAGACAGGGUCUGGCAAGACGUACACAAUGUUUGCAGAAGGCGGUGUGAUUUCUCUUGCUGCGCACAUGAUUUACGACAACAUACGACUAUUGGGAGAAAAGCAAUGGUCGUACACGGUGAACGGUAGCUUUGUGGAAGUGUAUAACGAGGAAUUGCAUGACCUGCUUUCCAACCCCAAUUGCGGUGGUUCCAAAGACCAGGAGCCCAAAAAAAGGCUGGAGAUUCGACACGACGACAUUCGCAAUAUAACGACAAUUGUCAACUGCAAAACCGUACGACUAGGCUCUUCGGACGAAGUCAACGCUAUGUUGAACCUGGCACAUAGUAACCGCUCUGUGGCGGCUACUGGUUUAAACGAACGGUCUUCCCGGUCGCAUUCGAUAUUCAUUCUCGAUUUGGUCGGUGAGAAUGCAGCCACAGGAGAACAGUGCCAUGGCACAUUAAACCUCGUUGAUUUGGCUGGCUCGGAGCGUCUCAAGCAGAGUGGUGCGGAGGGCGACCGCAUGAAAGAAACGCAGAGCAUUAAUAGGAGCCUAGCUUGUCUUGGCGAUGUCAUCGAAGCUCUUGGCCGCGGUGCCUCACACAUCCCCUAUCGAAAUUCAAAGCUCACUCACCUCUUGCAGUACUCGCUUGGUGGAAACUCCAAGACUCUGAUGUUUGUUAUGAUUAGUCCCCUUGAGCAACACCUGAAAGAAUCGCUCACGAGCCUACGAUUUGCAACAAAGGUUAAAUACUUCCUAACUACCUCAACAAUUGCGUACAAUUGCACUAUUUACUGA